AUGCGGCGCCAGCUGCAACAAGACAACGUGGACCUCCUGAGUUCAACAUGGGCAGACUGGGUGCAACGCGAAUCAUGGAAAAGACUUCUCGGUGCCAUAUAUGUGACAAACACGGUCAACACCAUCAUCUACGGCCUUGGUCCUGCCUUCAAUGCCACUCAGGAUCUAGAAAUUGAGCACUUCCAUGAUGAAAACCUCUGGAAUGCGUUAUCAGCCAACGAGUGGCGAGAGCUGCGAGCCGCUUACAGAAAGAAAAACUCGAGAACCACCAAGGACAUUCUGGAAGAUGUCUUGGCCGAGAACACCGAUGAAUCCAGGUGCCACGUGCUACUCAAGCAAACUCGAGAAGGCCAGCUUGAGGACAUGGACGACAAUGACAUUACGUCGCUGUGUUUCAGCUCACAUGCGAUCCUCAGAGCCGCCUACAUCCGACUGUUUGAUAACACCAAGAGUUUUGAUCGUCUCUGUCUGCUCGCUGAAGACCCAAGUACCGUUGACAGCAAUGUCACCACGUUCGCGAACACGAAGCUGGAAAGAAACCGCGACUGCGUGAAGGCCAUCGAGAAGACGCUGGAGGGUAUUCAGCUACCAGUGAAGAUGGGUCACAUGCUCAUACGUAAAACAGCUGCUUUCCGAUGGAGCGUAGAGCACGCGGUUGCAGCCUGGGACAAUGGUAAGCGCUACUCCACAGGUGGAAGACUAUGCAUUGAGAUGAACUAA